AUGGCGGCCAUCGACGGCCUCGACGGCCUCGACGGCCUUCUCCUCGUCCCCCCGGACCGCACCCAGAUCUUGGGCCGCGCUUCUUGGAAGCCGAGAUAUGUCGUCGUCGGCAAGCCGCGCUCCGCAAACACCAGACCUCGUCAGGGCAGCACCAGCUUCGCGCAAGGCGUCAUCUCGGGUCGCGCCAACAGCUUCGCCCCCAGACCCCUCGCCAAGGUCCCGACGAGCGACGAUUGCCUCUCGGUGUACAAGUCCAAGGACGACAGCGACUUCAUCCAACAAUGGCCCCUCGGAUGUGUGACGGAUUGCCAGAUCCAGCUGGUCAGCAACCGCAAGCACGGCCCCGUCCUCCCAACCCUCGUCAUCACCAUCUCCGACAAGGAGCGACGCCGCAGAUCGGGCCGCGCUACCGGCUUCAUCUCCGCCAACAAGGAUUCCGGCACCACCACUCUCUGGUUUCGCACUGUUUCCGACGAUCAAUGUCCCGGUUUGCGUGACUGGGCGCGCUUCAUCUUGGCCAGGAAGGGCGCCAACUCCUCCGACGGCCCCGUCUCCCCCGUCGCCACAACCCCCUACUCGGGCCGAUCUCGAGACAACUCGGACAAUGGUCAGCGACCCGGCAGCGGGAGUCGCCUGCUUCAGCACAUGAGCUCGACGGCUACCCACUCGAACUCGACGGGGCUGCGCGAUCGUCCGGCCACCUUCAGCUCUGAGUCGCCCAGCCUCCGAUCCAAACGCAGUGAUGUUUCCUCGCCCUCGAGCAACAACCACGCGGCGCACAAGUUGCCCUUUGGCAUCCCGGAGCAGCAUUACACCACGGUUCUGCCCAUGACGGCCUCGCCCGGCGAGUACCGCGGCGAGUUUAUUGAAGGAUGGACGGCAGCCCAGGGCCGCUCUUCGGCCUUGAGCUCCCCCACCCGAGGGGGGCGAGACAGCGCCAGCUCUCAGGGUCCCUACCCCGCCUAUAACGAUGCCACCUCUCCUCCCGCCCCCGGAGAAACCAUUCUCGACAGGGCCUUCCAGCUAGGGCACAUCCCGGGGGCGGAAAUGUACAUCCCCGGUCAGGAGAAGCUGAGCUCCAUAGCCAGGUUCGACGCGCUAAUGCGUGAGGCCGAGGAGAGGCGGAAAAAACAGGAUGCGGCUGCCCGAGCUGAGCAGGCGGCCAUGCGCAGCGCCUUUGACGAGGAUGACAGCUCAGACGACGACGACGACGACGACGACGACGACGAUGCCGAAUCGGAUGAGGCGGACCAACGCGAUGCAAACGGCUCGGACGCUGACAGCGACGCUACCUCCCAAGUCCAAGACGACUUUGCCAGCGCGCCACUGAUGUCCCCUGGAGCUCAAAAGGCAUUGGCGUUCAUUGCUGGCCGCCACGAAUCGAAUCGCAAGUCUGAAUCGCACCGCCCAUCCGUGUCCCGUACCCACCUCAGCUAUCAUGCCGGGCCAGCCCACGCCACGUCCAGAAACCAACCGCCGCCGUCACGCCCUCACACUGCUCACGCGAAGACGCGACCCGGCGCCAACCGCACACAAAGCGCACCUCGCAUCGCCUCCGCCGCCAACACGAGUCUCGACCUCCCCGGAUCGGCGGCCAGUGGCAGCGGCAGUGGCAAGAGGGCCGCCAAGUCGAGCGCAAGCGCGAGCCAGGCGACGUCUGGCGGGGAGAAGCGCCACUCGGGUUCCAGCGCCAAAGGGCUGAGCUUCACCGAGUUCACCAAGAGGUUGUCUAGCACCAGCAGCAGCCUGUUGCUGGUCCAGACCAACGUCAGCGCCGGAAGCAACCGUGGCAGCAGCGAGAUUGAGGGCCAGCCACCGUCAGCCCCCAGGGCGAACCUGACGUCGCGCGGUGCUAUAUCCGGUCCUGCGACGGCUCCCGCUGCCGGACAGCCAUCGCCGUCAUCCCCGCAGCCGAGAAGCGGCGACAGCGACCGAAGAUGCGGCUGGCGCGGCAACGUCGGGGUCGUCGGGGCCGAGGGCGGCCUUAUUUGA